CAAAAAAGAUGGCAGCGAUUGCCGAUUGCUGUCCUUCGGAUUUAUUGCGAAAAUGGCGCAUUAUGUGAUAUUUUCACAUAAAAAUAUAAUUUUAAGUGAAAAUUUGUGUAGUGCUGCAUAGUGAUGGUGUGUUAUUUUUCAUGAAUGACAGUGUACUCGUGUGUAAAUAGGACUGCGACUUUCUUCUGGAUAUUGGAUUACACAUAAAAUAAAGUCACAAUGGUGGUGGGCGAGAGCAAGCGCACCGCCAACAUCAUGGACGGCAUUGAGAACACCGGUGACGUGCGGAUGCACGACCACCGAUUGAGGCUCAAACAAAGAUUCGAUAUAGUGAGAAAACUAGGUCAAGGCACGUACGGUAAGGUGCAGUUGGGUAUCAACAAGAAGACGGGCCAGGAGGUGGCCAUCAAAACUAUCAAGAAAUGCAAGAUCGAGUCCGAGGCUGAUCUCAUACGCAUUCGGCGUGAAGUGCAGAUUAUGUCUUCUGUCAGACAUCCAAAUAUUGUACAUAUUUAUGAAGUAUUUGAAAACAGUGAAAAGAUGAUCCUUGUUAUGGAGUACUGCUCAGGUGGAGAACUCUAUGAUUAUCUUAGCCAGAAAAAAGUAUUACAAGAAGACGAGGCAAGGAGAUUAUUCCGACAGAUUGCAACAGCUGUGUACUAUUGCCAUAUACAUAAAAUCUGCCAUAGAGAUUUAAAAUUGGAGAAUGUUUUAUUAGAUGAUACUGGUAGUGCUAAGAUUGCUGACUUCGGUCUGUCAAACGUUUUCAAAGAGACGUCUCUGUUAUCGACGUUUUGUGGUUCACCUUUAUACGCGUCUCCGGAAAUCGUUAAAGGAACGCCAUAUAUAGGUCCAGAGGUGGACUGCUGGUCGUUGGGUGUACUUCUUUAUACUCUAGUCUACGGAGCCAUGCCAUUUGAUGGCUCCAACUUCAAACGUCUAGUCCGACAGAUCAGUAAUGGAGAUUAUUAUGAACCUAGGAACCCGUCGAGCGCAUCACCUCUGAUUCGCGACAUGCUCACAGUUGACCCGCUGAAGCGCGCUGACAUCGCCUACAUUUGUGAUAAUCCAUGGGUGAAUCUGGGGUGCGAGACCUCUUGCCUAGAAGAGGCGGAGGCCCUGGCAGCACAGACACCCGUGCGGUUGGACCUGCUACUGUCGCUAGCCCCCGCUGCGCCUUCCAAUUCCAACUCCGUCAUGGUGCCAGAUGAGGCUGAACUGGGUCCGGAAGAGAGUGGCACAGAUCUAACAAGCUCAACGUCGAUGGCUCACAUUGAGCCCAGCAACUCUGCCGAGAAGAGGAUCCUGGAGUUGGUUGCAGAGGGCGGUGAAGACGCGAUAAAGCCGUCACCGACUCGCACCAUCGUGUCGGCCACAGACAAUAAACGCAAGCUGGAGCUCGCCAUGUCCGCGAGUGGACUGCAGAGGAAGAAGGAAAGAGUGGCCAGUUGUGCAAGCAUCGCGCAAGCUCCGGUGCUACCUGAAGAAUCGUCUCCUGAAAUACUUCCCACCGACGAACCACCCCUGGCUGAUGACACGGCAAUACAACCAAAUCUAAAGUCAUCAGCGACGAUCACAAUUCAACCAGCACCAGUGGAAUUAGUGAGGGACUUGACAAAGGACAUUGUGAAGGAGCCGCCGAAAGAGGAGGAGUCUGUUGAGAAGCCAGCCAAGCCACGCGUCGCUAUCAAGAAGAAGACCUCUCCCACCAAGACUGUGGAGGAAAAACCGGUUGAGAAAGUUGAAGAGGUUAAGCCGCCCCAAGAAGACACAAAACAGAGCGCAGUAUCGUCUGCGGCCGACAAGUUGACGUCACUGUCUAUUGCACAACAACCGCCUGCCAACCAGACGAACAAACCUAAGAAACUAUCCAUACCAGGUGGCAAUGUCGGAAGCUUCAAAGACCAGUUCGAGAGGCGAGCUUCUCUUACAACGGCUCCUGAAAUCAAACGCAACAUAUCUAAACCAGUCGUUUCUAAGAUCGCUAAGCCCAAAGCACAGAGUGAAGACCGAGAGUUGCCAGCGAAGACACCAGAUAACGGCACUGUUCGACUGCAACAAAUUGGCAUUGAGCCUUCACAGAGUCACACGGAGGCGGAACGUGAGACGAACCUCCGCAGUGGCGUUAAGAAGACAGAGAGCGAACCCUCCCACAGCUCCACUUCGGUAGACCCUGCUGUGCUGCUGCAAGAUGCUAGAAGGAGUCUACAAAACUCUAUGGCGAAGUUGGUUGAGGAGAAAGCCGGCGAAGAGAAUCGUCGGCGCGCCGCCCGCGAUAUCAUAUCGUCUGCCAUACGAACAGGCAAGCCCCCGAUGCCGUACGGGCGCUCGUCGUCAGCGGGCGUGGCGUCGCUGGUGUCGCCGCCGGCCACGCCGCCCGCGCAGGCCGCGCCGCCCGCGCAGGCCGCGCCGCCCGCGCAGCCCGCGCCCGCCGCGCACGCGCCGCGCGUCUUCCGCACCGAGGCACAGCAUCGGGUCGAGGACCAUAGGAAUGCUAACAGUGCGCGUGGCGUGUCAGUGGAGCGUAUCAUCCCGAUCAGCGUGUCUCCGGAGGAGUCCCCCGGCUCCCCGCCGCCGCUACCUACUACUCCGGCACCCAAAGCUACACCCACGGCCGCGCCCAGGGUCACUCCGCUCAGACGGUUGACAUCAACGGAGUCUGGUAGUGCAAGCGAGGCAUGCAGUAGUCCGGGCGAGCCUAUCAAGAAGUCAGCGCGGGAGUUCAUCAUCCCCAUCGCAGUAGAGGGCAAGGGUUACGUCACGCCGCGACAGCGCAGCCUCGAACCUGAGUCCACGCAACACGUGCCCUCCGUGCGACACCAUCGCGCCACCAAACCUAGGCGUAUCAGCAGCCUAGUGAGUGGCGGUGAGUCUGAAGAGGAAGAAGACGCCCACAUGCACAGACUGCGGCCGAGCCGCGCCGCGCGCGCCGAGUCCGUCAGCUCCGGGGAAGAUGACGAGGAGGACGAGGGAUUCCAUCUACUUACUGCUGAGAACCUCUUCUCUACAUUACUGGACAGGGUGCGCGCACUAACGAAUCGCCUCAACGGCGAGGAAGGUCCCGGCUUUAGUCAACACUCGCUAUUCAACAACUUACAGUCGCCGUUCUUCAACAGCCCUCACUUACCACGGAGAAACUUGUUCACUCAUAGAUAUGUGGAAAGUAAAAGAAGUGUUUCGGAAACACGCGAGGGCUGGGGCCCGCGAGACAUGCACACGGGCUUCGAGUCGAUGUUCAAGCCGCGCCAGCACAUGCCGCGAGGUAGUAAUAAGAAAACCGGUAAGCACCGUACCGGCCAACAACAAAACUCGGAAUCGAACGUCGAAAGCGGACUAGACCUCUCGGACUUAGACCUGAGCUCGAUCGAGUUCUCGGAGCGUGAGAUGCGCGCGCUGUCGGGGCUGACGCCCGCCUUGUCGCGCCGCCUGCAGCGCCAGCUCCUGGCGCACCUGCCGCCCGCCGCCGCGCGCCAGCUGCGGCGCACGCUGUCCCUGCACGCGCCCGCGCCGCGCCCCGCCCAGCCCGCGCGCUCGCUCUCCGCCGACCACGACCAGGCGCCCGCGCCCGCCGCAACGUCCGACAGCCCCGCGACCCCCACGCCCCCCGCUGCUCCCACCCCCACUGAGGUCGCCGAACAAACUACUCCUACUGAGGAGCCUCUGCCGUCCACUGACCAUCAGGACACUGCUAAAGAAACGAAAGAGGAAAGUCCGAUGGACGCCGCUACACCUCAGUUUUCAACACUUCCCCGCCCGCGAAGGCGAUCUAGCUCGAGAGAAGUGACUCCAAUCCUGGCUACAGUGGACGUAGAGUGUCCGUCGCCUAAUUCACUCAUACGAGAGCCCAUAGUAUCGCGUUCUCGCGAGCGACCAUUACUCAGCAAGUACUUGACUCCAGAGCGAACCUUUUCAUUAGACGAGUCAUACGGGUCGGAUGGCGGCAGUGGCACUUCGGAGCCUAGCUACAGUUCAUCGUACGGCAACACAGCGUCUGGAGCUGCUGGCGUGGGGUUACGGCGACAUUCAUUACGCGUGGGCAGUGGCGACCAACCGCGCCGUCGCGUAUCGAGGUUCCUUCGUUCAGACUUUUUCGAUUCGCCACCAGACGAAAAUCUGUACGAGCGCCAACGAAAGGAAAGAGAAUUGGAAACCCAAAAAAUCUUGCGAGAGAUUAGAGAAAAGAGAAACAAAUCACAAGAAGCAGCGACUGCAAGAAGUCCCACCGACAUAACCGACGCUCCGCCAGCAUUCAGGGACGACAUUAUCGCUCCUAAGAAAUCUCUCUCGCCCAUUGGGCUCGUUACUGGAAAGGAGCGCAGUAGGUCAAACACUCCGUUUUUCCCGAUCCUCGAUAACAUCAAAGAAACCGCGGUGGAUUCGUCCGCAUCGACGUCGAACUCGAAACGAUACACUAGUUUGGAAAGUGCAAGACAAAAAUCAGUUAUUGAUGAAAACUUAAAUAAAGAUUCCAGAUUGAUCCGACCCAAAAGCUAUCCUGUGAAGACGUUAGAUUCUAUAGAUGAACCCAGUGAAAAUGUACUACCUGAAACUUCGUUUAGUAGGGAUUAUGAUAGUAAAGAGAGGUCCUUGCCGAGGGAGUCAAAAUUAAUAAGACCUAAAAGUUACCCUGCAAGUAGUCCGUCGCCUGAAAAAGUUUAUAUUAGUCGUAAUAUUAAAAAAGAAGAUUCUAAAGAAACUUCACCUAAAGAUGAGACCGUUAAUCCCGAAAUCAAGUCCGAUAUAGAAGUAAGUUUCAGUAUUACCUUGCCUAGGAAAAAGCCUGAAGCAGUGACGAAACCUGAUCCGGUGAAAAACGAUAUUAAGUUGGAAAAUAAUACCGAUUCUAAAUCGGAAACAGAAUCUAAACCUAGUGACUCUACUUUGUCUUUAAAAAAGUAUAGUAUAAUUAAAAAUAGAGAUAGCGAUAAGUCUGAAUCGACAGAAGUGAAAACAGAAAACAGUACAAUAGUUCCCAAUGGUGGACCAUCGGUUGAUGUAGCGAAAGUUACUUCUAACGGGGACACUAAGCAUACCACAGUAGAUCAAUCGACGAAAAAAGAUGAAAUAGUUGCAAAAACAGGUGACACUGAACAAACCGAAAAGAAAGGAACAGUAAAGAAAAAGAUCAUUAGAAAAGUCUCAUCGAAAUCUAAGACUGACAUAGGAAGCAACCAAGAUACGAGUGAUGCUAAAGUGGCUUCGGAAAAGAAGAAAGUCACUAAAAAAGUAAAAGAAAAGGUUGCUGACGACGAUGGUACGAAACCGACAACAGUCACAAAAAAGAAAUCUGUUUUGCAAUCAAUAGGUCAUAAGUUAGAAAAGUUUGCAUCUAAUAAAUCUAGCUCGCCUGAAAAGAGCGCUGAAAAUAACGCAAAGAAUGAAGCGAAGAAAGAUAGUUCCAAGUUAAGCAGGUUGCAACGAGAGCAAUCAGUGCCCGUCAACGUGGAGCCUACGACCGAAUCCAAUCUUAUUAAAAGAGCUGUCACUCUGACUGAUGUAGCCGCUUUAGAAACUCAGAAUACACCUCCAACCAAAACUACAGUUUCCAAAGUAUUAGGACUAUUUAAGAAAUUUGAACCCAAGGAAAGGUCAAAGCCUGUUGUUGAAAAAGUGCUCCCGGAAAGUGUUGAACCCCAGACUGAAACCAACGGUAAAACUGAAUCAAACACUACUGAGCCCAGUGAGGAUAGUCUAGAAAAAGACAAACCUCGCAGACCAACUUCUCUACUUCUAAAUGGACUUGGAAACAAAAAUAAAUACGGUAGAACAUCUAGUGACAGCGUCUCCACGUUAACCACAGACAACGAUAACAAGUCUGCGUCCAAAAAGGAAAACGAAUCCAAGUCCAAUAUUAGAAACAGUUUAAAAUUAGAUUUCUCUAGGUUGCCAAGAGUUAAGAAAAUAGUUCCUACAAAUCCUGUGAUAGAACCUCAAAUUAUGAAUAUUUCCUCUGUUGACGGUGAGACUGAAAAGAAAGAUAUUCCAGAAAAGAAUGCCAUACUUGUAGACAGUAGCUUAAAUACUGAUUACACAGAACCACAAAGUCGCAGCCGGUCGAGAAGUAGGUCAACUAUUUCAAACUCCGAGUUGAAGUCUGAUGUUAGUGCUGAUAAUAAAUUACCAGAUAGAACCCUGUCACCCUCAGAAAACGCCACAGUACAUCUACGAAGUCACGAUUCCACUACGCCGGAAAAAGAAGACAUUGUCGACAGAAUACGUAGGAAAAGCUUUUAUUCUAGAUUCAACGAAAAGAAGCAACGACGAAAAAGUAGUUUAGUGGGCCCUGGAGCAACUGAGUACGACCCGGUCGCUAGAAUACAUGCUCAACCGACUGACACUAAGUACGACGUGUCACCGACAUCACCGCUCACCUACGACUUGUCUCCAAUGUCGCCAGGGCUCUCCGUCUCGUCUGACUUGUCGCCGUCCACGGAACGCUAUAGAUCUCUUUUAACCGACCUGCCUGUUAACACUAGAAGUAACAUAAGAUUUGACAACUAUGGACUGAAUGAUAAAAUUGAUACUUAUAGAUCUCUCGAUCGCAACGACUUUAGGAAAUAUCCGGGAAGCAGAAGUUAUCUAGAUUACGAUCAACCGUCCUCAUACAGUGCGAACAGGUACUCGAGAACGAAAUCCCUUUUGGACAGCUGCGAUGCAGCGGAGGAUAACAGUCUCGUUAACUCAUUGAGAGAUCCGCACAAAUACAACAGAACCAUAUCAAUGUAUUCACCUGGUAACUAUGCUACUUAUAGACCGAAAAGAACCACUCGCAACUCUGCCAUUAUUUUGAAGGAGAGUGAAAAAGAACCGAGCCCGGAAAAUAUAUUGGAAAAAAUAAGGCAAAGAAAAAAGAUAUCAAUCAGCGUGACCAGGAAACCUGACGCUGAGAAGGAAACACUGCCAAGAUCCAAUAUCUCACCGAAAGGCGACCGCGAAGGCGACGGUGCAGAAUGCUCUGAGAAAGUUGACUGAGCGGAAUUAUUGAUUGUGCAGGAUGCAAAUUGAUUUUGUGAUUUAUAUAAGCAUUUUUGACAACAAACUUAUUGCGAGGACACUGUAGGUGUAGGCGUAUCUGAUGGAACUUGAUGCUUUCAUUGUUUUUGUUAUAACUUAUUUACAAUGUCAUUAGAGUCUUAUUAGUGUUGAUCUAAUUGAGGGUGUAUCGAUACUCUUGCCAAACGUAGAUUAUACACUCACGUGUUUUAGAUUUCAUGUAAAUUAAUAGAAUCUCAUCACCGACAGAAGACUGUCUUUAGUGGCAAACUUAGAUAAUAUUGCAAUGAAUCUCUCACUGACUUCAUAAAAUAUGACAUGCAAAAAUAUAAGAAUACUUUAAGCAUUUCCGAAUCUAAGGCGUAUCAGAGUAUCAAAUCAAAUUAAUUAUAAAUGUAUAGAUAGUGUCACACAGAUUCAUCAAAUUAUAUGAGAUGAUAGUAUUUAUAAAUCAAUUUUUAUAUAUUAUUGUAUAUCAACAUUGUUGGCUUUCUCUAAAGUGCGGUGCUCAAUAGCCGCAUAUUUGAUACGGCUUUCCAAGCUGAACCCAUUUUGUUACUGUUAAAAUAUGCGAUUGACUAUUGAAGUGUAAUAAUAUAUUUUGCAAGAGUGAACUUUUUGUUAAGUGUUUAUUGUAAAUUGAUUCUUAUGUGCCUUUAUAAAACAUAAGUGACUGGAUUUGAUAUAGUCCAUUUUAUUGAAAUAUAUAAAAUGACACAAAUUUUAGAGUGUGUUUGCACAAAUACGUUUUACUCAACAUUAUUAACUAUAAUUUUUCUUAGUUACUAUCAAUUUACAUUUUUUAUGUGACCCUAAGUCAAUUUAAGUUUAAAUAUUUAUCAUAAUCAUUAUAGUAUUGAAUGCUAAGUCACGACGUAACAGUAAUCGAAUAGAAUGGUGCUUAGACGAUUUCAUUAGGGAUAACUAUGUAUAGACCGGACGUGUUAUAGACUCACACAAACGUGUAUAUUUUAGCAAUAGUUUUUCAGUUUUAAAUGUAUUGUUAUAAGCUGCUGCCGUUUGUUCCACUCGACUAGUACUGUAUCAGUGUAUACGACGCGGCGGUGGAGCGCAACUCGUUUGUCAUAAUUCAUUUGCUGAAGGAGUGGCUAGUUACAUUACAGUGGUGUUAUAAAAAGCAAUAAUUUUACGCAAAUCCGUUCAUCUUUGUAAUUUCGAAUCUAUUUAUUAUUUUUAUUAGAAUUGAAAAUUAUUUAUUGGUGUGUGAUGAUUUUUAAUAUUUCUCUUUAGACAUAGUUACCGCGGUGACAUAGGAACUGUGAUUCUCGAGAUGGAUAUUAAAUUUGCUAUCACACACGUUUUGUAUUGAAUGUGAAUAAAUUAUAUAGUUAAAA